AUGGUAGAAAACGUCGCUUGGAGGCCUCUGCCUCUGCCUCCAUCGCCUAGCCUGCCUGUGCUCCUGGUCUCGGCUGUCAUGGCCCCCGCUGCGUACACCGUCCGCAUCACCGACAUGGCCAACGUGUGGACGGAGACGUUGGAGCGCAGAGCCAUCUGCAUGCGCGGAUGGAACGAGGGUACCUCCAUCGAUCCGAGCGACACCCCCGAGAACAUGGCCAAGUUCCUCGCCCUCGUCCGUACUGCUCUGGACUCGUCCCGACCGGGACACGAGGGCUCCACCCUCCGCCUCUCGCCCGCCACCGCAGCCGAUGCUGGCCAGGACGGCCUCACCCUCCGCCUGACUUGUAUCUUGCCCGGCCUCCAACCCCUCAAGUGGCCACUCCAUUUGAGAAAGUCGCCUCCCUCCAGCCUCGCCACCGAUCUUGUGCUGCCACUCAUCCAGGCGCACUACGUCAGGAAAAUGGAAGUGAUCUCCCUCAUCCAAGCUCUCGCCGACAAGGAUGCCGUCCUCACAAAGUUUUCCGAUAAGCUGGAGGCCCUCGGCACGGGCUUGGAGCAUAUUUUCACCCACCUUUCCGGGAAAAGGAAGGUUACCAGGCCUGCCGCCGAAGAAAAGGUAAAGGGUCUGAAGGCCUUUGACGAGGGCGAAUGGAAGUCCCGGCUCGACUCCGAAAUGGACCGCUCCCUCGAUGCUGGCAGUUUACUGCGAAACGUCUUCGGCGAGUCGGGCCUUCAGGCCGAGACCUUGCUGGAGAUCGACCAGUCCCCCGCCCUGGACAGUUGGUGGCAUGACGCUGGAUCCCUGCUGCCCGGCUGGGGCCGAACGUGGGAAGCACCGGCGGCAGCGCAGAUGACGUCGAAGCCUCCCACACAGGCAGCCGUUGCCGACGACGACGACUUCCAGGUCCAAGCCACACCGCCCCGUUUCAGAUCAGGGAAUGAGAAGCCCACCGGUUCUGAAGCUAGAUCUGACGACGACGCAUCGACCGAGGGAGAGGACGACGAGCACGUCAUACCGGACAGUAACCCGCCCAACGCUCAAACCAACAACAACGGGCACGCCUCACGCCAUGGGGCGAUCAGUGCGAGGACCGCGUCGGCGGCACCUCGGUCUCCAAGACGAGAAGAAAACAUCACGAGCAAGAGAUCGGUCGAUGAUUCAGAAACUGCCUCGGAAGCUUCUAGCGAUGGUGAUGCCGCGGCCUCGAUGCGAACCGCUUUGCCUGCCCCUCUCAACCCUGCCCCGGCCGACGGUGCCAAGCGUCGUGGCCUGGGCGUGAUUGGGGGUCAAGGUCGAAAUGUUGACCCGUCAGACCUGGCCAAGUCCCCCGAAGCGAACUCUGCGGGAGUGGAUGAUGCCCCUCCACGUGCUAGCAAACCCGGGCGCAUCGGCCAGAUCGGUGGCGGUCCAAUGCGAAUGCGAGAUGACAACGACCGUGGCAGAGCAUUAAGUCGCACCAAGGAGCCCGACAUGAUUCGAGAAACGUCCAGAGAGCGAGCCGAUCGCAGGCGUGAGGAGCUCAAGAGAGAAUUGGAGAAAAAGGCCCUGCCGGCCAAGAAGAAGAGGCGAUUCUAG